AUGUGCCGGCUUACGAUUCUUGUUCUAUCUGCAGUACUAUUUGCAGCAGUUCACAGUCAGAAUUGCACCUGGUCAAACUGGGCAGCAUGGACAACCUGUUCAGAUUCAUGUGGAAACUGUGGAAAUCAGACAAGAGCUCGCUCGUGUUCAAGUCAAACAGCUUCAUGUAUCUGUACUGGAAACACAACUGAACUUCAGACGUGCAACAACGACGUUUGUAUUUUUCCGAGAAAAAGCUGUUGCUCCGGGCAGCCUGCUUCAUUGCAAGGAUUCUUUAAAUGCUCUUGA